AUGGUCCUUUUGCUGUUCUUUGCAAUCCUGUUAUUGAAGGAAGAUGUCUGUGGGAACUUUGGUCUUCUGGUUUCUGCACAGGCCAAUGAAAGAAGAGUGGUUGCACACAUGCCUGGUGAUAUUAUCAUUGGAGCUCUAUUCUCUGUCCACCAUCAACCAACUGUUGACAAGGUUCAUGAGAGGAAAUGUGGAGAGGUAAGAGAGCAAUAUGGCAUUCAGAGAGUGGAGGCAAUGCUACAUACCCUUGACAGAAUUAAUCUGGACCCCACGCUGUUGCCAAAUAUAACGCUAGGAUGUGAAAUCAGGGACUCCUGCUGGCAUUCGGCUGUGGCUCUGGAGCAGAGCAUUGAGUUUAUAAGGGACUCUCUUAUUUCAUCGGAAGAAGAGGAAGGGAUGGUGAAAUGUGUGGAUGGAUCUUCAUCUUUCCACUCAAAGAAACCCAUCGUUGGUGUCAUUGGACCUGGCUCUAGCUCAGUUGCUAUCCAGGUCCAGAACUUGUUGCAGCUUUUCAAUAUACCUCAGAUUGCUUAUUCUGCCACAAGCAUGGACCUAAGCGACAAAACUCUGUUCAAGUAUUUUAUGAGAGUUGUGCCGUCUGAUGCACAGCAAGCACGGGCUAUGGUGGACAUUGUCAAACGCUAUAACUGGACCUAUGUUUCUGCUGUACAUACAGAAGGAAACUAUGGUGAAAGUGGAAUGGAAGCUUUCAAAGAUAUGGCAGCUAAGGAAGGGAUUUGCAUUGCACACUCCUACAAGAUCUAUAGCAAUGCUGGUGAACAGAGCUUUGACAAGCUGCUACGAAAGCUUCGGAGCCACCUGCCCAAGGCAAGAGUGGUUGCCUGCUUCUGUGAAGGCAUGACUGUGAGAGGGCUCUUAAUGGCUAUGAGACGCCUGGGACUCGCUGGGGAAUUUUUGCUGCUGGGCAGUGAUGGCUGGGCAGACAGGUACGACGUGACAGACGGGUAUCAGCGUGAAGCUGUCGGUGGAAUAACGAUCAAGCUUCAGUCUCCUGACGUGAAAUGGUUUGAUGAUUACUACCUACAGCUUCGGCCAGAAACCAAUCACCGGAAUCCAUGGUUUCAGGAAUUCUGGCAGCACAGGUUCCAGUGCCGAUUGGUAGGGUUUCCUCAAGAGAACCCUAAAUACAAUAAGACUUGCACAAGCCAGAUGACUCUGAAGACACAGCAUGUUCAAGACUCCAAGAUGGGCUUUGUCAUCAACGCAAUAUACUCGAUGGCAUAUGGCCUCCACAACAUGCAGACGUCUCUGUGCCCAGGCUACGUGGGCCUCUGUGAUGCCAUGAGGCCCAUAGAUGGUCGGAAGCUACUGGAAUCCCUCAUGAAAACCAACUUUACCGGUGUCUCUGGAGAUAUGAUCCUGUUUGAUGAGAAUGGUGACUCACCAGGAAGAUAUGAAAUAAUGAAUUUUAAGAAAAUGGGGAAGGACUACUUUGAUUAUAUCAAUGUUGGCAGCUGGGACAAUGGUGAGCUGAAAAUGGAUGAUGACGAAAUUUGGUCGGAGAAAAAUAAUAUCAUCAGAUCUGUUUGCAGUGAACCCUGUGAAAAAGGCCAGAUAAAGGUUAUCCGUAAAGGAGAAGUGAGUUGCUGUUGGACCUGCACUCCUUGCAAAGAAAAUGAAUAUGUAUUUGAUGAAUAUACAUGCAAAGCCUGCCAGCUCGGCUCCUGGCCCAAUGAAGAACUCACAGGUUGUGACCUCAUCCCAGUGCAGUAUCUCAGAUGGGGUGAUCCUGAACCAAUUGCAGCAGUUGUUUUUGCAUGUCUGGGUCUGUUAGCCACCUUGUUUGUUACAGCUAUAUUCGUAAUGUACCGUGAUACUCCAGUGGUCAAAUCAUCCAGCCGAGAACUUUGCUACAUCAUUCUAGCUGGCAUCUGCUUGGGUUACUUGUGCACUUUCUGUCUCAUUGCAAAACCUCAACAGAUUUACUGUUAUCUUCAACGAAUUGGCAUCGGCCUCUCCCCAGCUAUGAGUUAUUCUGCUCUAGUAACUAAAACCAACCGCAUUGCCAGGAUCCUAGCUGGAAGCAAGAAGAAAAUUUGUACAAAGAAACCUAGAUUCAUGAGUGCCUGCGCCCAACUAGUUAUUGCAUUUAUCUUGAUAUGUAUACAAUUAGGCAUCAUUGUUGCCCUCUUUAUAAUGGAGCCACCAGAUAUAAUGCAUGAUUACCCGAGCAUCCGAGAGGUCUACUUGAUUUGUAACACCACCAACUUGGGUGUCGUAACUCCCCUUGGAUAUAACGGAUUGUUAAUUUUGAGUUGCACCUUUUAUGCAUUUAAGACAAGAAAUGUCCCAGCUAAUUUCAAUGAAGCAAAGUAUAUUGCCUUUACAAUGUAUACCACCUGCAUCAUUUGGCUGGCUUUUGUGCCAAUAUAUUUUGGAAGCAACUACAAGAUAAUCACCAUGUGUUUCUCAGUGAGUCUGAGUGCCACAGUGGCCCUUGGCUGCAUGUUUGUGCCCAAGGUCUAUAUCAUCCUUGCUAAGCCUGAGAGAAACGUACGCAGUGCAUUCACCACGUCGACGGUGGUCCGCAUGCACGUAGGGGAUGGCAAGUCAUCUUCAGCUGCGAGCCGCUCGAGUAGCCUGGUGAACCUGUGGAAAAGAAGGGGAUCAUCUGGUGAAACCCUUAGGUACAAAGGCAGGAGACUGGCCCCGCCCAAGUCGGAAAUAGAGUGUUUCACACCAAAAGGGAGUAUGGGGAAUGGUGGGAGAGCUACAAUGACCAGUGAAGAAUCUGUUUGCAUUCCAGACUGUAAUCGAUCUGAGUCAAGUAGAGAGGAGAAAAAGAUUCCUGUUAAAGAGGAUGCCCUAACAGUCAAAAAGACUGGAAACUGUGUCAGUCUAAUAGUUCCACAGCAAGACUGUCAGCUGCAAGACCUACUCAAACACUCUAAUGGGAAAUCAGUUUCCUGGGCCCAGAACGAGAAAAGCAGCAGAGGAGCACACCUUUGGCAGCGGUUGUCAGUCCACAUCAACAAAAAAGAGAAUCCCAAUCAAACUGCAGUGAUCAAGCCUUUUUCUAAAAGCACAGACAGUAGCCGACACAGUAGCAGCGCUACGUUUCCUGAGGCCAGUGCCAAAACUCUUUACGAGGUUUCGGAAGCAGAAGAGCAAUACCCAGCUCAGUACCGACCACAGACUCCCUCUCCUAUCAGCACCUUGAGCCACAGAACUGCCUCCGUUAGCCGAACAGAAGAUGAUGCCCCUACCUUCCAGUCAGAGCCUCCUCAGCGAAGUAGCUCCUCUCAAGGUUCUCUCAUGGAGCAGAUCAGUAGCGUGGUUACUCGCUUUACAGCCAAUAUCAGUGAGCUGAACAACAUGAUGCUUUCAACAGCCACUCCAGGGACAAUGGUGGCCACUCCUCUCUGUUCUUCAUACCUGAUUCCACGGGAAAUCCAGCUGCCUACAACAAUGACCACGUUUGCAGAGAUCCAACCGCUUCCUGCCAUUGAAGUCAAUGGCGCUUCGCAGUCAGCUCGGAAACCUUCAAAUGGCAGCAUCAAAGAAGCCACUUCAGAGACCCCAUCAGCCAAGCAAGACCUUGAGGAGUUGGUAGCUUUGACUCCUCCUUCUCCUUUUAGAGACUCCAUCGAUUCUGGAAGCGCAUCUCCCAGCUCUCCGGUUUCUGAAUCAGCCCUCUGCAUCCCAUCCUCCCCAAAGUGUGACACGCUCCUCAUCAGAGAUUAUACUCAAAGUUCUUCUUCGCUGUGA